AAGCGUGUUGAGCCAGUCCUCAGCAUCCUAGUUGGCCACCGUCUGCUGCCACACGAUGCUGGGAGGCCUGGGAAAGCUGGCUGCCGAGGGCCUGGCCCACCGCACCGAGAAGGCCACCGAGGGAGCCAUUCAUGCCGUGGAGGAAGUGGUGAAGGAGGUGGUGGGACAUGCCAAGGAGACUGGAGAGAAAGCCAUUGCUGAAGCCAUAAAGAAAGCCCAAGAGUCAGGGGACAAAAAGAUGAAGGAAAUCACUGAGACAGUGACCAACACAGUCACAAAUGCCAUCACCCAUGCAGCAGAGAGUCUGGACAAACUUGGACAGUGAGUGCACCUGCUACCACGGCCCUUCCCCAGUCUCAAUAAAAAGCCAUGACAUGUG